GCUGAUGGUUUGAUAUGUUCUCUAGUUUGAUUCACUUUUUUAUGUUGGUAAUGAAACCGGUAAUCGUAGUCCACCAUAACGACAAGUUUUUUUAUGAACAUAACCAUUGAAAAUUCUACCGAGUGACGAUAUUCUAUGAACAUAACCCAACAUUUCAAGUAACAUACGUUUUCAUUUUUAAUUUAUUGAUUAAUCUGGAAUGUCCGAAUCAUUUAAAAAUUCGUACUUUUAUUCUUUACCCAAUGAAGUCUUAAUUAAAAUACUGAGUGACAUCGACACGUUUACAUUGUUAAGUUUUUGUGACGUUUACCAGUGUGAUUAUUUUUUGCAAGACAGAAAUGUUAUCAGAAAAAUCGAUCUGUGUAAAAAAUACGAACUGGAAGAUUUGUCUCAAAUAUCGAAGAAAAUUGCAUUCGAGCGCGUCACAACGCUCAAUAUUAACUGCAUAUAUUGGAUUCAAGCCGCCAAAUUACGAAAAUUUGUGACAAGUAUGGUGAAUUUAGAAGUUCUAUACGCCAUUCACACAAACUUGAGUUUGGCGUCUGUAGACACUGAGGCUUUUAGUAAAUUAAACAUUAAAAAAUUAGGAAUAUCGGUGAACAGACGUGACGAAGUAGGUAAUCAUAGAAUGCCGACGGUUGAAACACUCUACAUUAGCGUUGUUAAAGUGAAAACUUUAAUUAGUCCUUUUACUCUUGAGACGAUUUUUCCACAAUUAAGAAAGCUUUGGAUAGAUGUGGAAGAACCGUCUGGACGAGAAAUUAUCCUCCAUUGUUUGAAUGGUGAAAGCAAAAGUAAGAUUUUUUGUCAAGUGAAUGCUCCAGUUCCUUCUAUUAAUUUUGAUCAUUAUUGGCUGACUACGUAUUAUAAUAAUAGGAGGGCUCGUCAGCCAUAUGUUAUGUGUUGUGAAAAACUUAGUGUUAAGCAGUUGCGGUCCAAAAGUAUUUUUGAAAUUGAAGGUAAGUUAGGAAGUUGGCAAGUUCUAGAUGAGUUGCAUUGCUCUAAACCAUAUGGUCCGAAAGACGCACGUCGUUUAAUUUUGAACGAAUGUACUGUAGAUACUAUAUUUUUCGAAGAAUUAAAUUUUUAUCACAGUGGCCCUGUUUGCAACAGUCGAUGUAGAGAAGCAGUGGAAGAUAUACUUAGAUCUCCUUGUUCCACACGCGUGAAAAAGUUGUGUGUAAUGAUGUGUCUUUUACUCAAUAAAAAUGCAUCCGCGUCCGUUGGUGUUAGAGAUCCUCAUAGUUUUUCAAGAAAAAGAAUAGGGAUAGAAAAUUGCGUCCCCACACACCCGGCUGAAAAUAUUUUCAAAAAUUUUCUAGGGUUAGAACACUUGGAACUUUAUGUGUGCCAUGAAACUGCACACCACAGUGCUAUCCAGGGCUAUCCAUUAAUUUCAUUGUUUGAACACCUGGAAAGUUUGAUUCUUGAAAUUCCUGUAACCUUAGAUGGUAGUUUCUUAACCCAAGUUUUGCAAAAGUGUCAAAAUUUGCAAAAACUGGAAAUAUUGUCAAUUGCUCAGAACGAGAAAUUAAAUUUCAGCAUAUGUAACGCGAUUUCGAGUGCUAGUUCAUUAAAAGACUUUAGGUACGAAAACCAUCGAAUCCCGCUGGAUAAGUUAAUAGAGAACUUGUGCCUCAUUAAAUCCAAAAAACUGGAACGAAUUGUACUUAUUUGUAAAGAAACAGACAACUUUAGUGCUGGUCCUUUGAAACAACUUUUAGAAAUGAAUCCACAGUUGGUAUUUCUGUACUUUUUAAUACGCAGCUGUACGGAAAAAUCCAGAAGAAUGGCUCAAGACACUCUAAAUACUUACAAGAAGAAACAUCCCUCCAAAGUAUUUCGGGUUUCGAAAACAGACGAAUUUAGUAGUAGAUCGGGUUACCCCAUACCCGAUGUCCAUUUCUGUGAAAUGAUCAAAUCUGACAGCAAUGUUGCUAGUCUAAGUGCUUUAGAAGAGUUUGACUCCUUUUAAUAAUAAAAUCGUACUUAAAACAUU